UCUACAGGGAACAAAAUAUCUAUGACACCGCUAGUAAUGGCCGCCCACGAGAGAACAACAAUUUGUCUCGGCUGAAAAUGGUAGACCGGAUUACGAAAAAUGGCUAAAACAGAAACCAUGGAGAUGCAGCAAGAAGAAAUAUUCCACACACAAUGAUCGUGUCAUCAUGAAGAAACAACACUCAUCCUUUCAUAAGAAAGUCAAAGCUAAAGGAAAUAUAACCUUUGUCGUUCCCAAAUACAAACAUCAUGUCAUCAUGAAUAAGCAACACUCCUUUAAUGCGGAAGUCAAGACUGAAGGAAAUACAACCUUUGUCAACAGUGGCUGUGUGGAGGGCCCAAUUCCCAAAGUUGGCACAAUGCAGCAGGGCUUUGUGCCAGUCGCAAUGCCAAACCAAACAUUUACCAGAAUGUCCCAAGGUACUGAAUCUGUCGGCCAGGGACCGAUGAGGCUCCUCACAUCGCCAGGGUCAUCAGUAUCGCCGGUGAUCAUGUCAAGUCUGCCGAUGCUUCAGAACACUGGGGCCCCCUGCAUGUCAUUUCGAGCACUAAGUUCAUGGCAGGCGGUAGCACUGCCUCUGUGAUUGGCCAGACAUUGCCUGUUAUGCAGUGUGUAAGUGCGUCAUCCUUCCCAGCAUCAAAUGCUGUUCAGGUGAUACAGAACCAACCCACACAAAACAUUCAGAUUGUGCAAAGUCAGCCAUCUGCCAGUGCCUCAGUUUUGCAGAAUUCUCUCGCAAGUAACAUUCAAAUCUUAUCUCAAAAUGCAAUACAGGUAAUGGCAGCUUCAUCACAGGCUGCGAAGAAUAAUAAGUCCCCAAGCAACCCCCAAAUCAUGCCUCAGCCAAGCUUGCAGGAUCAGUCUUUGAAUGCAGUACAGGUAAUGACCGCUCUGUCCGAGGCUCUGAAGAAUAAUAAGUCACCAAGCAACCCCCAAAUCAUGCCUCAGCCAAGCUUGCAGAAUCAGUCUUUGAAUGCAGUACAGGUAAUGACCGCUCUGUCCGAGGCUCUAAAGAAGAAUAAGCCACCAAGCAACCCCCAAAUCAUGCCUCAGCCAAGCUUGCAGAAUCAGUCUCAGAAUGCAGUACAGGUAAUGGCAGCUCCACCUGAGGCUGCACAGCCUUCAAGUACUCCCCAAGUCAUCCAACAGCCCAGUUUGCAGAUUAUCCAAAGUCCAUCAGGGCAACUCCAGCUUGUCCCAGUGGAACAGGCCGCACCUGCCAACUUGUCAACUACUUUUAGCAUUCUGAAGCCUCAGCAUGCUGCUGGUAAAAAAAAGUCUGUGAUCAAGAAAGAGAUCAGUUCAGAUGACAAGUCAGCUGUGAGUGACAAAAGCCCAUCUGCUGCCAACCCAAUACUGAACAACUUGUUGAAGAAAGUCAGGGGCAGAAUAGACAACAAUCAGCAAAAGAAGUCAUCAUCUGUUACUAAGGACGAAUCCAGUAAGGCCCAGUCUAAGCAACUUCCAAGUCUUCUUCCCAAAGUUCCGUUGGAAAUGCUUACCCCUGAAGAACAUUUCAAAGAGCAGCAUGAGAUGCAUAAAAAGCAACCAGAAAAAAAUGAAACUGAGACAAAGACGUCAGAGGUGAAAGAUGCCGAUAAAGAUGAUGACAAGCCUGUUGUUAUCAUCAAGGACCAGCACAGGGAGAAUGUAGAAGAUAAAAUCACAUUUGCUGGAACCUCGGUGAAGCCAAAGUUUGCCAUAGAAUUCUCUCCAAACAAUCUGCAAGCCUAUGUUCAGGCAGUUGCAAAUGCUGUGGAGAAUCAUAAGACAUUGUCCGAGCAGAGUAAGUUAGAACUCAAGAUUAAACGGAAAAAGGCCAGUCACAAAUGUGCAGAAGAAGACUCCUUUUGGAUGGCUGAGGUACCCAAAGAAACUGCUUCAGCACCUAAAGCGUCUCGACGAAAACAGACAUUAGCAGUGAGGAAAGACCCAUUUGAUGGAUGUGAAAUAGUAGUUGAACCUUUUAAAAAGACAACCCAGGAAACGAAAGAAAGUAACUCCACGAGAAGUGUCCCCUGUGCUCGAAAUGGAGGAAACAUGCUCACAAACAGAUGUAAGGCUGCAUGAUACUGAAGACGAAGUGGCUGUUGAAACCAUUCCUGUCCCUGAUCCUAAAGCAAAUCAGAAGGAAAAAUCUCCUCCCCAUGAGGUUGGUGUCUUCAUUCCACCAACCAUGACCAAAUCUAUUUCUUCAAACCCAAGUUUCCAGCCUCAAUGCCUGGUUAAAGACAAAGAAAGCAUCAGUUCUCCUUCAUCUAGUUCAUCUACAACAUCCACAUUCUCAGGACCAGGAAGUUCUUCACAGAAGUCUGAAGAUUCAGUUCUUCCAGUUCCGUUGAAUAAAAUCAAGACAGAACCUCUGGAGAAGGAGGUAGCUCCUUCAAAUUCCAGACCCACCAAUCUCAAAAAAGUUUCAUCAAUUGAUAAAACUAUAAAGGAAGGGACUUUGAAACAGACAACAUGUGAAACAGUGUGCCACACCUCUGCAGACACAGAUGCCUCCAGAGACCCUUGUCCUGUAGUUGUAGCAUCUAUUAAAGUGGAAACUUUGAAUUCUGGAUAUGAAUCUUCUCCAUGUAGAAAAAUUGUUAAAAAAAGUUUAAAUUUUGGUUCUACCGAGGUGGCCAGAUUGACAGAAAUAUCAAAGAUGCCAUCUCCUCUUCCAAAACCGAUGUCACCAUUAAAGGAGACACCAAAAGAAAAUGUUUCUCUGUCAUCUCCAGAACAGACUUCAGUUGAACUGUCAUCUCCAGAACAGACUUCAGUUGAGCAAAUUGUAAGGCAGAAAAGUACACCUAAACCAAGUUCAGUGACCCCAACUUCACUUCAUGCAAAGUCAAUGCUCCCAUCUGUGCUUCAUCCAAGUUCAGUUCCCAUCACUUUGCUUCAUCCAACUUCAAUACCCACAACUUCGCUUCAUCCAACUUCAAUACCCACAACUUCAAUACCCACAACUUCAAUACCCACAACUUUGCUUCAUCCAACUUCAAUACCCACAACUUCAAUACCCACAACUUCAAUACCCACAACUUUGCUUCAUCCAACUUCAAUACCCACAACUUUGCUUCAUCCAAAUUCAGUGGAACAAAGUAAACAGCACUUGUGUGCAAUAAACCAAACUGUGGUGAAGCGUGUCACACAGUUACAAAAAGAAUUCAGAUUCUGUUGUAAGGGUCAACACUAGGCUUCCUGAAGACACUGCCAUCAAAGAAUAUCAACAGUUUUCUUUGCCCCCUUCUGAACAAAAUUCAGUAGAGCAAAAUUCAGCUAAGAAAAGUACAGAGCUUCUAAGCCAAGAGCAUGUAAGUGCAGUUCACAAUGGCACGGCUCAAAGUGUCACUGCUUCCCUAAAGGUUUUCAGUUCAGUCACUGGUACCAACACCAAGCUACCGGAAGGUACUGCCUCCCCAAAAAACUACAAUCUCAACUGCCAUGACUCCACAACUGGCCACAAACACAACAAUAUCCCAAGAAAAUUCUCUGCAGACCAUCCUCAGGAACCAAAGAAUUUUAAGCAGCUUCCUUACAUCAACACGUCAAGAGGAUCUGUCAGGGACUGCCAAAUCAAAUGCGCUCCCUCAGUCAGCACCGGUGCAUGUUGUACAACCAAGACUCUGUCCCAAAAAUUUACCAACUGUAAAUUCAAAUGUGACUGUCCCGGUGGCUCCACUAUUUUCGUCCAAUUUUAUACAGGUUCCUUCUGUUCCACGAGCCCCUUUGAACAUUGCAAACCAUGCUAACCAGCAAAAGAAAGUGUAUGUUGUCCCCUCUUCUCUUUACACUGCCCUGGUAGCUCAAGCAAACUCGGGUAAACCUGUGAAACUGACGUCUGCUGACCUCAUGGCUUCUCUCGAACAGAAUUCUACUGAAACAAUGGCUUCUCGCGAACAGAAUUCUGCUGAAACAAUGGCUUCACCAAAGAGUCAGAUCGAUGCUAGCAAUGUUAUGUUGAUCAAAAAGCAAGAUGAAAAUAAGAUUCCUUUGAUCCCAGUUCCAGUAGCAGAGUUGUUACGUUCCAACAACAACAUAGAUGUAUGUGAGGAGACGGACAAAGGGUUGAUGGAACUCAAGAUAGAGUCUGUGUUUUCACUCAACAAAGUUUGUUGUAAGUUGAUGGACAAGGUUCCAAGUUAUUUAGAUAUGUGUCUUAAUUCGAAGUUAGAACACUCCCUGAAGUUGUGUUUUGUUGUGCUGGACGACAAACUGCCCCCAUUGUUCCGGGCAAAGCUGGUACCAAGAGGACUCGCUUCAAGAUGCCUAAGGCCUGUCCUGAAACAUGCAGAACGCAGGCCUUAGACUCCAUGUGUGCAAACAAUAAGUGGCGGAAUAUUCAGUUAGGAGAUGAUAAUUCUCAGACUUUUUCUGAACCAGCAACAAAACUUGCAAAACGAAACUAGAUAUCAAAAAGUAUAUGGUGCCUUAUUUGCCCCGACUGUGUUUAAUCACUCUUCGUUAAACUUAUGUUAGCGUUACUUUUUGUUAGUUUUUUGCAUAUGUUGUUUUUGCAAUUGUUAGCAUGAAAUACUUUUAUAAAGUCUUUUUGUUUCAAGUACUGGUAAACAUUUUUUAUAGUGACAAUCUUCCAGAGAACUGCAUCAUGUCUGCUGUUUUAGAUAAUAUGUCUGUGUUAAAGUAGGGGGGUUGCAACAGGUUUAGUGGUGAGACUGUUAGCAAUAUUUGUAAUUUCUUUAGCCAUUUUCAUCCUUUAGAUGUGCUGGUUAAUAUAAUAUCUAUGGUACAGAAUUCAGAAAGGUAUCUGCUGGACAAAUUACAGGAAACAUUAUUCAUGUGAAUCAUGUACUAUAUAACUGUAAAGUAGUAGUCAGAUUACAAACACAAUCUAUGACUGAAACAGAUGAUUUGUAGACGAUUCACCUCAGAAGCUAAUAAUUACAGGAAAGUACUUUAUUUCAGUCGUGAGCAGCUAAUUUGUGUAGGAAAAGACGUCUUUGUUUGUCACCAGAGGCUGAUACUUUCAGGAAAGUUAGGGGUUUUUUUCAAUCAUGGUCAGAAGGUAUUUUUAGUAACAGGAUUCCUUCUUCCUGGUAAAUUUUUCUGUUAUGAUAAAAAAUGAUAAUAAAAAGAAUAAUCAUAUGUAGAUAAUGUAGAUGAUCUUUUCCACAAUUACAGCGGAAUUGAACAUCUAGGUAAUAUUUUUCCCGACCUGGAAACCUUUACAUGGGAAUGAAUAACCUGGUAACUUUACACUUUUGACUGGUUACAACUAAUAUAGGGCUCAAGAUGCAGGGUUACUUUCCAACGAAAUAUUUCAAGAAUGUGUGUGGGAACGCCUCAUAUUUGUAGAAAAUCAACCUAAUAAGUGUAAAACAAACAAUGGAUGUCAAAGCAGUGAAGUCAAUAACUAAACCUUUUCAGAUCAGCUUUGCCUUUCUUAGAGCUUCACGCAUAAUGUUUACAUACAAAGUACACAUAUACUUUCAGUAUAUCUGCGUUGAACAGCUGAUAACAAAAAUGAUCAAGUAUUUUUAAACGAUCGGUAAUUCUUGUUAAUUAUCUAAAACCGAGGUAGCUCUAAACAUUGGAUUAAACUCAUGCAACCCCCAAAGAUUUCUGAAAAAAUUCCAUCUGCUGAAACCUGCUCACAUGAAGGUUCAGAGAGAAGGAAAUUAGCUGUGUAAAGAAAAUGUAUCUUUUAAUCAAGUGGAGAAGUCUUAUUUUUAAUAGUUUGUCUGUAUAUUGUUAUAAUUAGGUUCAGUACUGAUGAAAUUGAGCUUGAAGUUAAGAGUUAAGUUUUUGCACUAAGAAUUGUAAUAGAUCAAAGACAUUUUAUUUGAAUAUGAUUUACUGACAUAUACUCAUUCUUAUCUAUUUGUGAAUAUUUCCCCAGGAGAUGCAAUAUGAGGCAAUUUUGAGACCAUGCAAUACUUGCAUCAAUCAAUUCUCUAUGACACAAUAAACAUAAUGAUACAAA